UGAAAAGAGGCCGACGAACGUUUCGCAAGCACAUCGUUUGCCCAAAAGUUCUAUCAUUCUCUCUAGCGUUCUUCAUCUAGGAAAGGAAAAAGGAGUUUAAUCUUCUCUCUCGCGCACGCAAGCAAAGCUAUAGCUAUGGCGGAUCAGGCAAACAAGGUGAAGGAGGCCGGCCACGAGAGCGCCGAUAAGGCCGCUCAGCACGCCAAGGGCGCUGGCCAGAAGGCAAGCGAGACCACUCACGGCUUGGGGCAGGCCGCCAGCGAGAAAACUCACGCCGCCAUGGAUCAAUCCAAGGGAACCGGCCAGACGGCAGCGGACAAGGCUCGUGCCACCAAGGAUACCGCCGCGGACAAGGCAUAUGCCACCAAGGACACGGUGGCGGACAAGGCAUAUGCCGCCAAGGACACGGUGGCGGACAAGGCCUAUGCCGCCAAGGACCAGACCGCGGCCACCGCGAACCAGGCGGGUGACAAGACCAAGUCGGCCGCGGACGUGGUGACGGAGAAGGCGUACGCGGCCAAGGAUACGACGCAGGAUACGGCGUCGGGAUACAUGCAGUCGGCUACGGAUGCGGCAUACGCUGCCAAGGAUCAAGCUGCCGGACUCGUCCAGAAGGCUACCGAUACUGCGAAGCAAGCUUACGAGAAGACCAAGGAGACUAUCGGUCUGGGCGGUCCCGGGAACAACACCAACACGCCUCUGAGCGGUAGCGGUAACAACACCACUCAGUAGUCUUUCAUUCAGCAGCAGCACACGGGAAAAAAGAAAAAAAAGAAAAGGAAAAACGGGAUAUUUGGACAGUCGCGUUUUUUUAUUUUUAUUUUUUUUGUUCCCUUUUUAGUGCCAGUGCGCUGGGGAUCUUCCAGUCACUGUUUUGGAAAAAUUGGAAUCCAAGGAAUCUUGUCGUUUCAUUUAUUGAA